UCCCAUGUUUACGUCAAAUCCUUCCCAGCAGCGGAUGUUAUUGGAAAACUGGAGCCACAAAGCAUAAAGGUUUAAGCUAGAAAUCCGAAAGUUCCCAAAGCUGAUAUUUUGAUUGACGCCGUGGAUACAGAAGAAGCUCCCUUAUCUGGCCUCCUUCCAGGGAACCAACAUGUCCAGUGACCCCCCUCCUCCUUACCCAGGCGGCCCCAAUGCCCCACUUCUUGAGGAAAAAAAUGGACAACCUCCAGUUUCUGCAGCCUCUGCUCCAGUAAUGACAGGACCUCCACAAGGACAGCCGCUGCCCCCAGAAUACGGGCCUCCACCUUAUGAAGCCACACCUGGCUUUGUUCCUCCACACGUCCCAGGCGAAGGUCCCAAGCCUAUGGCUAUGCCUAUGCAUAUGCACAUGCCUAUGCCUCAUCCUCACGGUGGUUACUACGCUCCCCCUGGACACUUUCCUCAUCCAAUAGCGGAGCACUAUGGUCCGGGGCCCAGUCACUUUGGUCCAGGUCACACAGCCACAGUUCUCUCCCCUCCUGGUGCCACCACCACCGUGACUGUUCUACAGGGGGAGAUGUUUCAGUCGACUCCAGUGCAGACGGUUUGUCCACACUGCCAACAACCCAUCACCACCCGCAUCAGCCACGACAUCGGCCUCAUGAAUACUCUAAUCUGCAUGUUCUGCUUCUUUGUCGGUUGUGAUCUAGGUUGCUGCUUGAUCCCCUGUAUGAUUGACGACCUCAAGGAUGUGACACACACGUGCCCCAACUGCAAGGGCUAUAUUUACACAUACAAGCGCAUAUGCUAACAGUCUAUCCCAUUAACGAUCGUGCUGUGACCUCAUUCUGGUGGGUGUUGACGACUCACUCUCAUUUCCUUCUGCUCUCUGAUCGCCUCAGCUGACGGCUCGUAUUUCUAGCCAUUUCUCGCUUUAUGUAACUAUAGAUUCUCACAUUUAAUUUCCAGGUACUUGAUGUUGUUACUGACACCUCUAAAAUGAAGCAGAGGGCACGUUUUAAUAUGCACAAUGGUCAUUGUUUCAUCAAAACACUGUUUCAAUUUUUUAUUUUAUUUUUUAGCAGUAAAACAAAGUGUAAGCAUCUAGAAAAUAUGUGAAAAGGGUAACCUUAAGCUCAUUUGUGAAUAUUACUGAGUAGCGAAAACAACUGAAUUUCACUACAGGGUCAGUAUUGUUGGAAUGUAGGAUUAUUAUUUUAUGCAUUAUUGUUUUAUUUUAACAUAUUGAAAUGAAAGUCUUUAAUAGCUGGGUCUGGGACUGUUUAACAUUGUCCUGGAGUAACAUUGUUGCUUUUACAUGUGAAAAUUGCGUCUAUAUUUGGCAUUUUAUGCAAAUGUUAUGGGGGAAAAUUUUUUUUCACUUUUGUCAUGUUUUCAGUUUCUCAUGUUUGUCGACGAGACUCAUUUGAUUUGAUAUGCUUAUGAAACGUGCGUGUCAUUUUAUUUGACAGGUUUUUAUUGAGAAGGAAUAUGUAUGUCCAUUUAAAUCUCCUUUUAGUAAUUUAGGGAUACUCGAUAGCUUUUUAAUAUGCCGUGCUGUUCACGUUAGGGUCAUAUUUGUGGAAUUCAACCAAUAUACAUUUAAUAUGUUUUUGAACUGUGAAUCUGAACUAUAGCCAUGGUGCUUUUCUAACCACUACACUAGCUGUUCUGUGUUGUCGUCAAUAAGCUGUUUGAGCCUUCUCUAAACUAUCAUCGGUUAUCCAGGUCCGUUUACCGGUCAUUACUAAACUAGGUCUGUUUGCUGAUAUUAAGAUCAGUGUAGAAACAUCUCUAAUCACAUAUUUAUUUUAACAUUUAUUCUGGCCAGAACUGCUGAACAACAUGUUUAGAAGUGGCAGUUGCGUUAUUUUUUUUUUAGAUUUCUACUUAACAUGGUGAAGUUGUUGUCGUCGUCUUCUUCAAAAAGGGAAGAAAUCUCUUGUAAAGGCUGUUCAAAGCUGCUUUGCUGUUGGAGUUCACCAGCAUGAUGAAAUGCGCUGCAUGGCAUCACUGUAAUCUUGCAUAUAGCGCUCUAUUGGGCCAUAUGUCCCCUCAGUGUGUCAAGCUGGGCUUGUUGCUGCACUGGGCUUCAUAACUCAAAGCAGAUUAACCGUUCACUUAUUAAUACUGUGUGUAACAGGUCACAAGGACUUAAAUGAUUAUUGUCCUGAUUUUUCCUUUUUUUGUGGUCAGAUUGUGAUUUCUGUGGAAUCAUCCAAAGAGAUUUGUUUCUGUUAUUUGGUCAUUUCGGAAUAGAUGUUUGUUCUGGUUGUGAAAUUGUAAACUUUCAAAAACCAUUUUGCUCUGUCCGACAAUGUGAAUUAUUGCUGAAAUGGUACAGAAAAUGGUACAAAAGCUACAACAUCCACAGUGCUCAGACACUAUAUAUAUAUAUAUAUAUAUAUAUAUAUAUAUAUAUAUAUAUAUAUAUAGCACUGUAUUAUUAAUUAUCAUUAAGGUCGAUUGUCCUUUUUUUUUUUCCUUUUUAUGUGGUCAGACUUGUUAUUUCUCAGGAUUGUUUCCUUUAUUUGAUAAUUUCUGAAUAACUUGUAUGAAAUUCAAACACUACAACAUCAGCAGUGAUUAGACUAUCGCUCGGUUUCACAGACAAGACUUAAGCCUAGUCCCAGACUAAAAUGCAUGUUUGAGCUGUCUAACCAAAAGCAAAGUGCACUGACAUUUCUUAAAAUAUGUCAGCAACAUUUUUUUGUCUCAUUGUUUGUCUUUUUUUAUAAGGCAUGUUUAUAAAAGACACUUAAAUGUCCUAAGUGAACUAACGCCCUAACGCCUAAUCCUGGUUUAAUCGAGCCUUGUCUGUGAAACCAGGCCUAUGUAUCUCAAUUUGAGGUAGCUAAAGCCUAAAACUACACCAUGUAACUCUUGUCCCUGAAGGGUAAAACAAAAUGUGUUUUGGUCGUGCUACGGCUCUAGCAUCAGUUUACCAGUGUUCAGGGGUUUAUUUGGAGGUUUGCCGUUUUGAAUGAUUUACGGUGAAUUUUUUUCGUUUAUUGUGACGCAAACUUUAGUCUUCAUGCUAAUGCAAACACAUGAACGCGGAGCUACUUUUCUCUGUGUACGGAUACGGAUAGAUCCUGACACGCACGGGCGAAUGUAUAUAUUUUUAUCCACAAAAUCCGUCCUGAAAGCUCAAAAAUAUGAAUCGUAACUAUAGAUUCAUCAAAGUGUAUUGGGCAAAAGUAAAGACAUUUGGACAACAUUUUCUAAUUAAUAACAAGUUCAGAUAUUAAUCAUCUUUUUCCUGUAGACAAUCUGCCAAUAUUAUAGCCGUUUAAAAAUCGGAAUAUCCGUCUUUUGUUGUAUUUAACAUGAAGGAAAAAAAAUAGCAAUUGCUAGUGUGUGUAUAUGUAUUUAAACUUGCUAUUUCAUUGUAAAUGAUUCUUUUUAAUCAGAUCUGUCAAAUGAACGCUGGAUUUUUCAUAGUAUUUGCACAUUUGCCUCAUACGACGUGUAU